ACCAACAUUGCCAGAGGGUGUAGUGAUAAAGAGGAUCUCAUAACUGCCCCAGUAGAAGGUCAGGUUAUGUUCCCAUCGCCAACAUCAACAAACACAGUGUCACCCUCAAUCAACGCUCCAUUCUCGGUCACCUACAGACAAUAAAAACUGCUCACGCGGCUAGUGCAGAACAAAUCAAUGGAGAAGGGAGCAGGGCCAGGGUCAGGGGUUCCUGCAUGAGGAAAGUCAGCCGCUGAAUAAUGUCCCGUUCGGGUUGAGUAUAGCUCCGGCAGAGUUCUAGAGGAACAUGGAAGACUGUUUGCGUGGUUUGAGAGAUGUCAUGUGUUAGUCGUAUUUGGACGAUAAUAACGUCCAUAGCUCAAGCUUUGAGGAUCACAGUGAGCACCUGAGAACCGUGUUAAAGAGAUACCCGGUAGCACAGGAUGAAACUCAGCCCCAACAAAUGUGAGGAGUUGAACAGGAAGGUGACUUUCCUGGGACGGUUAGUGACUGGAGAAGGCUACACCAAGCCUUAAAGGAGAAAGCAACUGUUGGAGAGCCGAGAAGAGUGAUGGGAUUCCUGUCAUAUUGCCGAACCUACAUCCCAAACCUCUCUAUCAGCUAAUGCUACCUGAAAAAAACUACCACAUGCAAUCAGGCAAAUUCGAGUUUUUGGCACUAGAAUGGGCAAUAGGUGAACGAUUUUGCAACUAUCUGUAUCAUGCACCAUACUUUGUCAUCUAUGCAGAUAAUAAUCCCUUGAUUUACGUCCUCUCAAAAGCAAAGCUAAAUGCUACAAGUAAUAACUGGGUGGGUGAACUAUCAGAGUUUGACUUUUCCAUUCAGUAAAGACCUGGGAAGAGUAAUGCAGAUGCAGACGGCCUGUGCCCUAUACCCUAAGACAUCAAUGAGUUUAUGAGACGGUGUACAGAGGAGGUGGGUCACUAAGUGCUGGGUGUGAGUUGGCAGAGACGCUCCACCAGACUGUCUAGCAGCUGUUCCCAUAGAAACAUUAGCUUUAGUGAGAGAUGCGAGUGCACCAUCAGUCAGGAAAGAGACUCUGUCUUAGGCCGAGUUCUACACUUCAAGGAGGAAAACCAGUACGCGUCCAGGAGAACUCUCAAGGCGGAGAAAUUGGACAUCUUGGCAAUGAGAGGACGUAACCUGAAGCCGAAUGAGACUAAAGAGACUGUACACUGAAUAUUUACAGAACUGGAAAAACAUGCAACAAGCCUAUGAGAUCACAUCCAAAACAGCAGCUCGAGAAGCUCUUCGAGUCAAGAGAGGGUGUGACAAAAGAGUACAUGGAGCUCAUUUGAAACCUGGUGGACGAGUGCUUGUGCGUAACCUGUCAGAGAGAGGCAGACCAGGUAAACUCUAGUCCUCCUGGGAGAGAAAAGUGCAUGUGGGAGUGAAAAGAAGGAUCAGUGACAGUCCAGUGUAUGAAGUAGCACCUGAGAGAGGAGGUAAAAGUCAUGUGUUGCACAGAAACCGCUUACUCCCAUGUCACAGCCUGGCCUUGGAGAAAGCAGAUUCAACCCCUGUGAAAGAAAAGGAGGACAACAUAGACGAGGGCAACGACAAAACAACACCAAAAGAGACAACUGGAAGAUUCAGACAGCGAAGGUAGUGAUGAAGUUAGGCUAACGUGUCGAAGAAGAAAGUCAAGGAACUGUAGAUUUGAACCCAGAGGCCGAGCCACUUGUGCCAGCUCUGGUGUUGCAAGACGGAAAAGACCUGAUCUGGAGGACGCAAGCAUGGUCCAAGAGGGUAAAGAGACAGACGGCGGAGACGUCACAGUCAAGGAGGGUGGUGAAGGUGACAAGGCAGAGUCUGCAGGAGUCAUCAGGGAAAGAUAAUCCUGACCCUGUGCCAGAGACGCCCGACCAAUAUUAAUCGACCGACUGGUGAGCACGUCUGCCUCACGAUCUGCGCCGAAGUCUUCCGACUCUGGGCGAGAGGUGGGGUACACCCUCAACAGCCAAUCGCAGGGCACAUAUCAACAAACGACGAAUCACACUCACGUUCACACUUACCGACAAUUGAGAGCACGUCUCUAAAGAUGGAGGUGGAUCUCAGUGGAGUGUCGAGGGCCCAUGUUUCCAUUCUACCUGCGGCUGAGAUGAAAGCUACGUUGAAAGCGGAGCCAGAAAGGCCUCGUUGCGCCAGCACGCCGUGCUCCCCCAUCAGAGGUACUGUAGCAGGAUACCAGAUUCUCCACAUGGACUCAAACUAUCUGGUGGGCUUCACAACUGGUGAAGAGCUGCUCAAGUUGGCCCACAAAUGGUCUGAAAACUCCCCAGAGAAGAGUUUGCUAUCAGAGGUCGUGCCUAGCCCCAUCCAGACCGGAGUCUCGAAAUCUUUAGACGUGGCCAUCCACCGCUCUUCAAGAAUCUAUAAAACCAAAAAUCGCUACUAUCAGCCUUACGACAUUCCCGCUGCUAAUGGUCGGAGAAGGCGGCGCAUGCCCAGCUCGAGCGACACCUUUCUCAGGUCCGUGAUUACAGGGGAACAUGGGAGGGGUGUGCAUGCACCACUACUACCUCUGUGUCGGCUUAAAGGGAAGAGGACCCAGUCCAAAUCUUUGGACUACCUUAAUCUUGACAAAAUCACGAUCAAAGAAUCACCAGACACUGAGGUGUUACAGUACCAACUACAGCACCUCACCCUGCGGGGAGAGCGCAUGUUCACUCGAAACAAAACUUAAAAGCACAGAAGACGACGACGACGACAUUAAGUCGUCCUUCACACUGGUGGGGUGGGGGUGGGGAUAUGGGUGCUAUUUCCAUCUUGGUUUCUGCGCACCCAGAUUAGACGCAGUUCUUGAACAAGACGGCCUCUGAUAAUCGCGCUGUUGUUAACUGGGAUGAAACCCCGCACUGAACACAUAACGUUGACGACAACCCUGUUAGUACUCCCACUGUGUUGAGAUUGUGGAGGUCAAAAUGUGAACGAUUUCUUAGCAAUAACCGCUUUAUUUAUUAUACAUGCACCUAUCACAUUGUAUCAUCUUUAAAUUACAAUCAUGCCAGUUUUACUGCCACAUGUAAUCUCUAAAAGAUGUUGCUUCUUUUAAUGUCAAAAUGAACAUGAUCAUUCACGUGUAUUGGAUUUGUGUUUAUUUCAUCAUUUAAUAUUUGUUAUUAAAUCACUUCCCGGAAGAUAUACAUUUAAAGGCACCGAAUCUGUUUGCGAUGAGGCAAAUUUAAAGCUCUUAAUUAAUUCCACUAAUCAGAAUGAAUGAACAAUUAGUAAGAAUAGCUAAUCAUUCCGUUGAUUGACAUUUCACAGUUUUCAAGGGUGUGGCGCCACCGUCAAUAGGUGGUUGAGAGCAAACUCCAAUAUGAAUGUUCACUGUUUCAUAUUCACGGGCAACUGCAAAUCAAUUCAACGUUCGUACAUUGAGCAGCCUCGACAUUUACAAGAGGUGUGGCAACAAUUUGCCUUGACAAAGAUAAUGCAAAUUAAACUCCGCAUGAGUUCAUUUGCAUGGGGAUGUCAUUCGAUGACGCGUCGGUCACAAUGUUGUUGAGGAUGUUCUCGCUUCUGCUGACCAGUGGUCAAAAAUACGAGAAUGCAGGUAUUUUUCUUUUUUUUUUUUUUUUUUUUAAUGUUCUAUCUAACGCGGUUCCUUGCGGUUUAGAGAUUCAAUUUGUCAACUGAACUCACACUGCGGAAUCUUUGCUCGAGCCUCUGAAUCAAUCUUUUUGCACUGAGCAAAUAUUGUGAUACCACACCUUCAUCCCAGACAGACAUGACAGUGAAAGGACAUAGAACUAAUGGAAGCGGACUAGACUAGACCAAUUUACAUGCGGGAGAAUAUCAAAAACACACAUUUAGGUGGAAAAUCACUUCAAACUGUGUAUCUGUUUAGUACUUGGUGCUUUGCUUGCAAAUAUGGUUGGGAAACAUUGUUUUUAUGUGCAUUAUUUGUCACUGGCCCAGAGCAGUAAAUGAUGGAUGUUUUUAGGAGUGUUUGUUUGUUUUAAAACUUUCAGAACCAUGAUAACACACUUUGCUGCUUCGUUUAAAAUUAGCAAGUCAUGGGGGACACCUCCAGUUCUGGAGAAAUAUUUGUACACCUUUUGAGUUUUUUUUUUUUUUUCUUUUUUUUUUUUUUGGGGGGGUGGCUUUCAAAUGAAACCGUCAAUGAUUUUGUCAUUUAACAGAUCCUCUCCAGUGUAGGGGGAUGUGAUAUGCAAUAGAAGUCAUCAAAUAUGACUUCACGGACGUUACGUUGAUUACUAUUAAGAAAUGAAAACGCAUUCAAAAGGUGUACAAACCAAAGUGUGCUGCGACUGUAUAUAAACUCACCUCCCUCUGUUCCCACUCUCCAAUCACACAUGUACUGCCCACUUGAUGUUAACCAAUGACUGUUACACUACUGAUUAAAGCUUAUUGCAAUCGAAAUGACAA